AUGACUCCGGUGGCCACGGCUAGAUUCGCCGAGGCAUUUGGUUCUGUUGGCGGAGGGCAGGGUAGAACGGCGAGCGUCGGGGUGAAGGCGAGGAGUCGGAGGUCCCAAGGGUGCAACAUGGGCGCGUUUGGCAGAAGAGCUGUUCUCCUUGGAACCAUAAGUUGCACACUCUUCUUAGCUGUUAACAGCUUGUAUUCUUCCAGUGAUGAUGUUAUAGAGCUCACACCAACAAACUUCAACAGGGAGGUCAUUCAGAGCGACAGCUUAUGGCUUGUAGAGUUCUAUGCUCCAUGGUGCGGCCACUGUCAAAGACUAACCCCUGAGUGGAAGAAAGCUGCAACAGCACUGAAAGGUGUUGUAAAAGUAGGAGCAGUUGAUGCAGAUAAACAUCAGUCCCUAGGUGGCCAGUAUGGCGUCAAAGGAUUUCCCACUAUCAAAAUAUUUGGUGCCAACAAGAACAAAGCGGAAGAUUAUCAGGGGGCCAGGACGAGUGACGCCAUUGUUGACGCAGCGUUGGGCGCUCUCCGGUCGCUAGUAAAAGAUCGCCUUGGUGGCAGAGGGGGCUACAGCUCUGGCAAGCAGAGCAGCCGUGAAAGUGGAGGUUCAGGCAAAAAGGAUGUGAUCGAGUUGACGGACGACACCUUUGAUAGCAGUGUUUUGAAUAGCGAUGACAUCUGGCUGGUAGAAUUUUACGCCCCUUGGUGUGGACAUUGCAAAAAUUUAGAGCCAGAAUGGGCAUCAGCAGCAACAGAGGUGAAGGAACAAACCAAGGGCAAAGUUAAAUUAGCUGCUGUAGAUGCUACAUCGAACCAGGUGCUAGCAAGCCGAUACGGGAUCCGUGGAUUCCCUACCAUAAAGAUCUUCCAGAAGGGAGAAGAUCCUGUUGAUUUUGAUGGUGGAAGGACAAAAUCAGAUAUAGUGGCUCGUGCUUUGGACCUAUUCUCGGAGAAUGCACCAGCACCUGAACUCCUAGAGAUUAUUAGUGAAGAUGUCCUGAAGCAAACUUGUGAUGCUCACCAGCUCUGUAUCAUUUCUGUCUUGCCCCACAUUCUUGACACAGGAGCUGCAGGUAGAAAUUCCUACUUGGAAGUCAUGUUGAAAAUGGCAGACAAGUACAAAAAGAAGAUGUGGGGAUGGCUGUGGACAGAGGCUGGAGCACAGUCUGAUCUGGAAUCUUCUUUGGGAAUUGGAGGAUUUGGGUACCCAGCCAUGGCAGCAGUGAAUGCACGAAAGAUGAAGUUUGCACUGCUGAAAGGAUCCUUCAGUGAGCAAGGAAUCAAUGAAUUCCUGAGGGAACUUUCCGUCGGUCGUGGAUCUACAGCACCAGUAGGUGGAGGGGCUUUUGCAAAGAUUAACACCAUAGAGCCAUGGGAUGGCAAAGAUGGUGAGCUUCCAGCUGAAGAAGAUAUUGAUCUCAGUGACAUAGAUCUUGAUGACUGGGAUAAUGAGAAGGAUGAAUUGUGAGAACUUGAAGAUCUUGUUUCUUGAGAGACUUUGGGUAGCAGCCUGAUGGAACGUUGCUUUGCAUCGCAUGGACAUACCAGGGCCUUUUUGCUGAGAGAGAGAAGCCAGCAGUCAGCUGCUGGAAAUGCUGUAGUGUGUCUCUCAAGAAAAAAAAACCUCUAAAAUUCUAUGAAUUUUUUUGUAUUGAGUGAAACUGAUUGUAUCCUGUCCAACAGAUACUCUGAGGAUGACACUGAUCUUUCAUUGAAAUAUUCCUAUUUUGGCUUUGUCCGGCUGGUAUGUGGUGGUUGACAGUGACUUGAGGCUUUUACUGUAACUAGUUUUAAAAUGCGACCUUUUCCCUCUCCCAAAAGCGAGUUGCUCGAGCCUUCGUUUCAAUGAAAGAAUAAAACCGUAUUUUUGA